CUCAGUCUCAUCGCAACUGGCGACCAACCUGGAAACGAGCAUGCUUGUCUCCUUUUCCGCCUCUGCUCGAAUUAUCGUCUGCUUGAUCUUGUGACGUAGUUAGGCCACCUCUUUCAGCGAGGACGUUGUCCGACCGUCGACGAGAUCAAAUGGCAGUCCUUGGUGGAAUCGGGUCUCUGCUACGACCCUGCCUGACCAUCUGGAUAGUUUUGGCGGCCAUCAUCACCCCUGGGACUUCUCAGUUCUGCUCUUUCUGGAGCGGUAACUGUGUGGAUGCCCUAGCCCAAACCGCUGUUUCUUUUCAAUUCCCUCCGCUCUUCACCGACAACCUCAACCUAUACUAUGGAUUCGACGCCAAUUCUCGAGGCAAGGGCCAGCAGCCCAUGACGAAGGUUAGCUACUGGCUUAGCUAUGGAGGCAAGAUCAACAAGUCCAUCAUCAUGGGGAACCACACUACCGAAAUUGGCUUGCGGGUGGGCAACUUGACCGGCACGCCUUCAGGUUCCAACAACGGCUGCGAUGGCGUUUGGGGCCCGCAGUGUUCUACCGACCUCAAGGCUUUAUUAGCCGACGCGCUCUACGGGCUCACGAGCAGUGGAGAAUACUAUACAUUUCCACUCCAAACAGUCCUGAGUCAAAUGCUCUUGAAGAAGCCCCACCUCACGAGCUGUUUCCCGCAACUGUUCGAUGUUGGAGGCAUACCUACUAUGGCAUUUGUCCAAGAAACUGGGCCCGAUCAAACUGCGAAGUUUCAAACAGCCGGGUCAAGUAAUAACCCGUGGAGGACAUGGUUCCUCGACAAUAUGCCGGCCCACGAGCAAGCUGCGCAGGUCGCAGUCGCAAUUAUCAGUCGUGCGCCUGCUUACGACGGACUACUACCUCAGCAGACAGGUGAUGUGCAAGUGGAGCUGGUUUGCACCCAAGCGCCUUCCUCGGGGAGCUCAUCGUCGUCAGGUGGCGGUUCAUGAUUCGAUAUGGACGUGGUCUCUCAGUUCUGUUCAUAUGACUGCGCUGAGACAUCAGUGCAUAGACACAUCAUCGCCGUGGCCGGCUAUUCCCGAUCGUAAUCGACGGUUGCUCAUGGCAACGAAUGGCUGCGCACAGCUUCCUCGCUUCCUGCGAGUGCAAUUGCUCUGGAAUCCUCGUUGCGGUCUUUACACCUGGUUACCUGGCAUGAUUGAAGCCCGCGACCAUACCUUGCAUUAGCAGCACAUUGGGUCACAUUCGAAGUCCACACCAGAUGUGAUCGACGAAUAGUACCCGGCGGGAAGGACUGCGCCAUCGAAAUGAUCGUCGGGCAAAGCCGAUAGGCUGCCCG